GGAUCAAACACAGUCAAUGAGAGAACGGCUCUGAGACGAAAGGACGCGGAGAUCUCAGGUAAAAAAAAGAAAGAAAGAAAGAAAAGAAAAGAACCUGCCCUCCUGUUCUCUCUCCCUCCUCAUCCAGUCCCCAAACAAGGACGAGCAGAGACAGAAACAAGAAGGCGAAAAAGGGGGAACAAUUUUUGAUGAAUAAGGAUUUUUUUUUUUCCCCUUUUGAAUAUUCGGAUACACGCUGGGGGAUUUUGUGGAGCACAGAAAGAAAAACACUACACUGCAGCAACACGGGAGACAGUUUUCUUCUGCGCUUGACGAGGGGACACAUUAACGCACGGAAAUGAAGACAAAAAAGGGUUUGGUGAUGCUGUCGGGGAGCGAGACGGAUGACGAGGACAGCGUGGACGCCCCUCUGGAUCUGUCGUCCAGCUCGGGGGGAAGCGGGAAGAGGAAACGGCGAGGGAAUCUCCCCAAGGAGUCGGUGCAGAUCCUCAGGGACUGGUUGUACGAGCACCGAUAUAACGCUUACCCCUCCGAACAGGAGAAAGCCCUCCUCUCCAAGCAGACUCAACUGUCCACACUGCAGGUGUGCAACUGGUUCAUUAACGCACGGCGGCGACUUCUCCCGGAGAUGCUGAGGAAAGACGGCAAAGACCCCAACCAGUUCACCAUAUCCAGGAAAGGCAGCAAGGCCGGCGACAGCUUUUCCGACAGCUCCCAGUCCCCGAAACACAGCAGCCUCACAGCCGGUACGGACGAAAGCUACGACAAACGCGUCCUCCACCCAUCCAGCUUCGAACCCGCCAUGCCCGGGGUCUUGAGGAAGGCCGCCUCCCCCUCCACGCUGUCACCGACCUCCUCGUCCCCCUCCCCGGGGCUCCUUCCCACUCGGCCCUCUGUCAUCUGUCACACCACUGUCACUGCAGCGAUGCAGGCCAGCCCGACCGCCUCCCACCCGUCUGUGCCCGGAAUGAACUGCGACAGGGCAGCUGAGCUGUUGCAGUCGGCGCAGGCGCUGCUCAGGUGCCAGGACGAGGGGCCGGGUGGCCAGCCGCUCCCCACCACCACUAUCCUCGGCAGCACCGGCAUGGAGGGCAACCUGAGCCCCCGCAGCGGGCUCUUCAACACCCCGCCCCCCACCCCCCCAGACCUCACACAAGACUUCAGCGGCUUCCAGCUCCUGGUGGACGUGGCCCUGAAACGGGCCGCAGAGAUGGAGCUGCAAGCCAAACAGCUGGUCUCCUAAAGCGAGACGACAAGAAGGAGGAGAAGGAGGAGAAGAAGAAGAAGAAGAGGAGGAGGAGGCGGCAAUAGAGACUUGACUUUGUGUCUCGACUAUGGAACUCCUCUCGAGUCCAGUGACUUGUCUGCACGCAACACAGAACAAAAUCCACACGAAAAGCCUGAUCAUUUCUAUUUUUGGUAUACCAAUCAAAUUGAUGAGGAUGUUUUUUUUAUUGAGAAAGAAAACUGUAUUGAGGUGCCUUGGCUGUAAGUUGUUUAUUCAUUUCAUAUACAUGCGUAUGUAUUCUACAUGUGUAUCUUAUUUGCACACAGGGACCAAAAAUGUUAGCAGAGAAAUGCUGCCUGUCUUAUGUCCAUGAUACUGUAUAUCAUUUUAGAGAAAGCUGGAGUCAUAACACACAACCCCCCCUCCCUCCUUCCCUCCCCCCAAACACACACACACACACACACACACCAUGACCAAUCAGGUGCAUUGGUCAGGUCCACACACGCCGACUGUUUUCACAUUUCAGAGAUCGGUUCAUGAUUGGUCUGCCUCAUUUGUUUGCACACUAAAAGGCAGAGGAAGGUCAUCUCAGUGUCUUAAAUCAUUCUUUGCUCUUGGCAUCUAUGACAAAACUUAUUCACUACUGUAGUACGUGUCAAGUGUUUUCAUGAGUUAUAGUUUGGAUUUUGUACUUUUUACUUUUAGCUAUUUUAAAAGAGAGCGAGAAAAAAAACCUUCACAAUGUUUUUUUUGUUUGUUUGUUUGUUGUUGUUUUUUUUGUACUUGUGUUCCCACCAUUUGGGAUAUUUUUCAGAUGACCAAUGUAGCAGGUUCUUAGUCUGAGCCUUCAUCCCAUCACUCAGCGAAAACGACGGCCAGUGGACUGGAAAAAAAACAAACUUAAAACACUACAGAUGUCUUUUUCUGCAUUUGCUGUUUUUUUUUUUCUCCGAUCCUGAUGAAAGACAGCAUUUUUUGAAAUCACCAAAAAAGAAAAAAAGAAAGAAUUUUCAUGUAUUAUAGGACCAUGUGUAUAGUUAAUGUGACACGAUGCCCAAUGAUGUGAUUUCUUUUCAUACUGUGCAAUGUUUGUGGCAAAUAGGGGUCACAUGGGAUUCAAAUAAAGUUUUGUUUUUCUACA